AUGUCAGGAAAACUGUCUAAAGCUGAUCGCGACAUUAUUGCACAACAGAAAGACAACAAUCUUGAGUCCGAUCAAUCGGUCGCAAGUAUUUCGGGCAAGACAAGGCCCAGCAAUUACAAGAUGGACGAGUCAAGGUCCAAUAGGAAAUCCAAUGUGAGAAGGAAGAAUGUCGAUAACGAGUCUAGUUCUUCGGCGAAAAGGAGCGAACAGUCCGACAGCGACGACGAUUGGUGGAGUCCUCCUCAAAGGACGUUACGAGUAACCACAGCAGAAAUGAAUCUCAGGUGGGAUCAAUUACAGUGGAAACCACACAAGGACCACUUCUUACGCGGCUCCCAGGAUUGGGGAGUUUAUAAAAAUGACGUGAUGUUCGCUUUGCAGUCGAUAGGGUAUGUUAAAGGGAUCAAAUUAACAAACCUAGAUAAAGCAAAUUUCGGAUCAAUGAUCAGGAGAUCAGUGACCGAUAACCCAAGAAGAAUCAUUGAAGAUUUAAGCAGCGGAUCGGAUAUGAUGAAAUUACUCAACAAGACAUAUCAACAGUCUGGCACAAUACAGGCUGAAAACUUUUUCAAUGACCUAAUAGAGCUGGCUUUCGACGGAGGUAACGCCAUCGAUUUCGUGACAAAAUUUAGAGUCUGCGUUAGAGACUUUAAAUCAACUGGUCAGGAGUUAGCUGACAAUAUCACAAUACUUAUAUUCAAACGUGCGGUCGAGAAAAGGGCCCACAGAUGGCAUUGUGAGGCCUCACAUACCUCAAAAACCAAACAAUGGUCGUUGGAAGAACUGAUCAACGAUUUCAUCUCCAACCACAGUCUCAAGGCUUUUCAUAACACAAACAAAUACCAUCCCAACAGAGACUUUCGGGUAAACAACAACUUUGACAACAAAAGGGGAGAUAAAGCCGAUAUUUGGCUAGGUCAAAUUGAAAAUAGAGGCAAGCUGGCCUUUAAACCUAAAAUAAAUCAGGGUGACAAGAACCCUGAGAGUAAGAACCAAGUUGUAUGUUACAUUUGUGGAAAAACUGGUCAUUAUGCAAAUAAUUGCCAUAGCAAGAGGGGAACAACUCAAGGUCCUCAUCGAUGUCACAUCUGUAGGGGCAAUCACUAUGCAAGAGAGUGCCCGGCUCGAAAGUCAGAUCAUGAUCGUCCUUUAAAUCAAAUUUCAACGAAGGGUAAAGAAAAGAUGAUCGAGUAUAAUGUUGGUAAUGAUUGGUACGAUGAGUGGAUGGAAGAAAAUGGGAUAGUAAACAACCCAGAGAUUGAAGAGACGCCACACUCAAGUAAUGAUGAUAGCUCAUGCUAUGGAGUGAGUUUAAACUUUGCCCAUCAACUGAAUAACGCAUCAAUUAACUCUUUAAUUAGAAAGAGGUGGCUGUUUGAUACAGGGGCUGAUAUUAAUGCCACUAACAACCUAAAGAAUUUUGUCAAGGAGUCUGUAAGGAACUUAAGACCACGGGAGGUGGCAAUAAGGACAGGCAGUGGAGUUAUUUAUCCAGAGAAAAUAGGCGAAGUAUGCCUCAAGGUCAGAAAUUCAAAAAAUAAAGCGAGAAGGCUCAGAUUAAAGAAUGUCUUUUAUGUUAAGAAUCUUCCCGUAAACAUUAUAAGCGGCGAAUUGUUUUACAGAGGUGGAUGCUCAUUACAAGGUGAAAAGCUUGUUGACAGUAAUGGAAGUAUUAUAUCUUUAAUAAACGUCAAUAAACGAGGAUUUUUUCUCUGGCUUUCUGGAGAAGAUGAACCAAUGAAACAUAUCAAAUCAGGAUUCCCGUGCCAAUUAGACAAAGAACACAACAGUAAAAAUUCAAAAAUUCCCUCUGAUGAAACCAUUAGAAACCUAACCUUGUGGCAUCGAAGAUUAUGCCACCCAAGCGCAGAUAGGUUGCGGUGGACAAUUAAAAAUACUACUGGCAUAAACCUGACCCCGAGUGAUGUUAUCAAUAUACCAUGUGAGGCUUGUGAUCUAGGUAAAUUUGUAAAAUACACUACCAAUGAGAGACGACGACGAGCUGAAUACGUCGGAGAAGGAUGGCACUGUGACUUGGGAUCGAGCAACCCUAAAACCAUGGAUGGCAAUAGUUACUACUGUUUAACGACGGAUGAUCUAUCUAGAUACCGUUUCCUCAAGCCACUGAAGACCAAAAAGGAUGCGUCAGUUGAGUUGAUGAACAUCCUGAGAAAUAUUAACGCUGAACUGCAGCUUGAAGGGAGAAGAGUCAGGUGGAUUACAAUUGACGGAGGCAGAGAUUGGGGCAUGUCGAGAUUUGAGGAAUUCGCUGCAGACCAAGGUAUAGAUAUCAUUGUGUCCGCCCCAGACAAUCAGCAUCAGAACGGAGUGUCAGAGAGAGGAAUUAGGUUCAUACAGGACGCUGCCCGAUGCUGCACAAUUCAAACAAAAAUACCAUCGGUAUUUUGGGACAAAAUAAUGGAGACAACAUGCUAUAUACUCAAUAUGACAUCUCAAUCUCCAGUCGAUCAGCACAAGACCCCAUAUGAAGUAUUCUGGUCAGCUAUGAAAGGCAGGCCGAUUAAGCCAGACGUCAGUCACCUCUUAAUUCCCGGAUCAAGAUGCAUAACACAUGUAGAGAAGUCGCGCAGAAUUGCAGGAGAAAAGCUAGACCCCAGGGGUGCAAGGAGUGUGUUUCUCGGAUACAAGGGACGUACAAACAAACUUGUAUGGAUAUUGGGCGGUGGGAGAUUCUUAGUCUCACCAAAUGUUUUAGCAUACAAGAACGUUGGUAAAAAUUUGGGUUGGCCAACAGAAAUCCAAGAAGUAGUGAGGUCAUUGCCAACCAGCGUCCAACAUUGUUUGAGAGCUAGGAAAACCAACUAUGCCAGAGAAGAGGACUGCAAUAGGACACGAAGUGUAUCACUGCCACAUGAACCUAAAGGACAUGGUCGGCCAAAGAAGACAAUUAGAAGACCUUUUGACGAAGCACAAUUGUUCGAAAGUCAAACAAGGAACAAGAACAUGAGCCCAAGCAUAAACAACGAAGAUGAACGCCCAACAGAGGAGGACUCAGAUCACGAGGAAGAAAUUGGACAAAGUGCCCAUUGCCUCAUAGAAAAAUCAAUCAAGAGGCAACUCCAUAACCUACAUGGAGAUGGAGACGACAUGUUUAGGCUAUUAGCUAACUCUUCAUCUGUCGCUAAACAAAUCGUAUCACCAGAUGAACCUAACCUGCAGGAAGCAAUGAGUAGCUCCGAGAAAAACGAGUGGCUAAAGGCUAUCUUUACUGAAAUAAAGGGGUGUGUGGAUAGGAAAACAUUUCAGUUUGUUCCAAAAAAUCAGCCAAACAGAAUGGCCAAAUUAUCUCAGCGAAAUGGGUGCUUAAGAAAAAGUACAAAUCAAAUAUGGAACUGGAAAAAUUUAAGGCUAGAGUUGUAG